ACCGCCAACCCCAUCAAAUCCCCGCCUCUGCGGGUCGGUCCAUUCCAACAUGUCAAUUAUCUAUUCCUUUCUUGCAAGGAUCUGUUGAAGUCCACUUCCUCUAACCCCACAAAACCCAUUUCCAUUCUCUAAAAUCUCUGCCCUGCUCUCAUAUGUAGCUCUUUCAUCCUCCUCCAUCAUGCCGUUUCCCUCUCUACUCUCUCUCUUCCUCUUCUCCAUCCUCACCCUCGCCCAUUCUCAAUCUCAACCCCUCAGAGGUGUCCUGAUUGAUUGUGGAGCCAACGUCUCUUCGCUGAUUGAAGGCCGUGAAUGGCUUCCCGACGCCGGUUUUGUCUCCGCAGGGACCCCCAAAAACCUAACAACUUCAGUUCUCGUUCCGAUUUUGUCCACCGUUCGAUCGUUUCCUCUCCGAGGCAAUGUUCGCCGGAAAUUCUGCUACGUGGUUCCGGUGUAUCGCACCGGGAAGUACCUGAUUCGGACCACGUACUUCUAUGGUGGAAUAAACGGCAAAGAUUUGCCCCCUCCUGUGUUUGAUCAAAUCGUCGAUGGAACAUUUUGGAGUGUGGUGAAUACCACGGAGGAUUAUUUACAGGGGAUGUCGUCGUACUACGAGGGGGUUUUUGUUGCCAGAGGGAAGACGAUGAGUGUAUGCGUUGCUGCAAAUACUUAUACUGAUUCGGACCCUUUCAUAUCGGCGUUAGAGUUUGUGCUUUUGGGUGGUUCACUGUACAAUUCGACGGACUUUGGCAAAUAUGGUUUGAGCUUGGUUGCAAGACACAGUUUUGGCUACAAUGGACCGAUUAUUAAAUAUCCUGAUGAUAUAUUUGAUCGUUUCUGGGAGUCAUUUGUAGAAGAUAAUCAUACCAUAGCAAGGGCAAGAAAUGUUUCUGUAUCUGUUUCUGGUUUCUGGAAUCUUCCCCCUUUGAAGAUAUUUCAGACAGCAGUGACAACCAGCGAACCGAGACCUUUGGAGUUGCAUUGGCCUCCGGCAUCUCUUCCAAAUUCGACAUACUACAUUGCCCUGUACUUUGCUGAUGAUAAUGAUCCAUCUUCAGCGAGCUCAAGAGUGUUUAACAUAACUAUAAAUGAUGUAAUUUAUUAUAGUGAUCUCAAUGUGAAUCCAGAUGGUGUUGUCAUCUUUGCAAAUUCAUGGCCUCUUGGUGGCCAUACGAAGAUAACCUUGAGUCCUGCAGUUGGAUCGAGCAUUGGUCCUUUGAUCAAUGCUGGGGAAGUUUUCAAUGUGCUGCUCCUGGGAGGAGGAACUCUUACACGAGAUGUAAUUGCUUUGGAAAAAGUAAAGAAUAGUUUCCAGAAUCCUCCAAUCGAUUGGAAUGGUGAUCCUUGUUCACCUCAUGAGUACUCAUGGACUGGAGUUACAUGCUCUGAAGGACCGCGUAUUCGUGUGAUUUCCUUAAACCUUACAAGUAUGGGUAUUUCAGGAUCGCUUUCGCCUAGUAUUGCCAAUUUGACUGCAUUAACUGACAUCUGGCUCGGAAACAACAGCUUGUCAGGAUCUAUUCCUGAUCUCAGUCCAUUAAAGAGAUUAAAGAUAUUGCAUAUGGAAGACAAUCAGCUUACCGGAGAGAUUCCCCCAUUGCUUGGAAACAUUGACAGCUUGCAUGAACUCUUCUUGCAAAAUAAUAAUCUGACUGGUCAAGUUCCAAAUAACCUUGUAACAAAACCUGGACUAAACCUUAAGACAUCUCCUGGGAACCAAUUUUUUUCACCGCCACCUUCUUGAGUUAAUUAAUAUACACACCGAAAGUUCUCCACAAGUACAUACAGCCUUUUCAGCUCUACUGGUUCACUCAAAACAUGAUACUUGAAAUUGGUGUCCAUAUACAUUUUAUUCUUUCUUUGCCAAACGAAAUUGGAGUAUGUUCUCAAAUCACAUGUCAGUGGUUGUCCACAUAUAAUCAUUUCUUUAGUUCCAUUAGAUUUUUUAUUUUAUUUUAUUUUUAUUUAUUUUUUUUCUUUUUCUGAUUUUGUUUGUGUGUCAUAUUGUAUUUGUAAUUUACACACAAGAAAUAUGUUGUGGUUGGAUUUUGUUUAAUAUGGUUCCACUCUUUCUUACAUAUGAUAGCAAAUGCAGAGAUGAGGUAUAUUCUUUUCCUAUUGGCAGUUAACUUUCUAUCCAAAGUUUCAUUUUUAUUGGUUAUUGGGAAUUUUGAUACCAUUAUCUCAAAGAUUGUCAUAUUUCUAUAAAGCAUGCCUUUUCCUAUUAACAACUGUCAAGUGUUUUUUUUUUUUUUUCCUUUGGUUAAGUAACAAUUGUUAAGGUUUCUUUGGCUUAUUUUUCAUCCUUCAUGGAAGCU